ACUCCUUAUACAGUCUUCAUGAUCCUGGCUAAACCUAAUCUUAAAAAUUGUAAAGUAAAUCAUUGAUCACUGAUCAUUGCGGAUUUUCUACCGAACACAUUAUUCAAUAUCGGUCUCCAUUUUUGCAUCGAUGACAAGAGUAGGGACAUUUAGCAGAGACAAAAGUUGCACAAUUUUGAGAGGUUCUGGGGGAUUUUUUUUAUAAAUGCGCACUCACUGGACUGCUCACUGGACAACUACUUCCGACAUCAUCAAGGAUCAGUCACCAUCAGUCACCAUCAGAUAUAUGCAGUCACCACAGUCACCAUUAGUCUAACCUUUCAUAGACCGUCCACUGUGGUGGUUGUGAUAAAUAAACUUAAGCUUUAACAGGUAUCGCCGCAAGGGAAAGAUGACAAGAUGUUUCUGUUUGGCAUAUCUUCUAAUACUCGUUAUUAUAAAUUUAGUGGCUGCGGAGCGAAUAAAAGAUAUGAUUUAUAUGUCAUUUGAAGGAGUUUCUGCUUGUUUCCGUAGACACAAUGGAACACAUCAGUUUGGAUGUUCUUCGAGUAGGUCAGGAAGCGUUGGUGUUAUUCAUUUAGUCGAGGAAGAAAGUGCUAUUAGAUGGCUGGAACAUAAUGCUACUGCUGGACCAUAUACAGUAGUUCUUCCAUUUUCUAUGUUUAAUAGAGACACAUUACUCCAAUUGCGGAAUACAAAGAAUACAAACGGAGUUUUGUUAGCCAAAAAUAUCAGUCAACCACGUUUAGAUUCUUAUUCUCCUGAAGAUUCUUGUCCAAACAGGUAUUCAGGAUAUAAAAGGUGCAAUGAUGGAACUCCAUGGAAUCCAUAUGGAUCCUCUUUACUUAUGGAGGAUUGGCCCUUUCCAAUGUUUUACAUAGAGAACCAAACACUGAUAGAAGCAAUAAAGUCUUGCUUCUGGAAACAUAAUGCUCAUGAUUUGGAUACUCAGGAGUUGCGAUCACUGUGUGCUAUAGAAAUGAAGUCAUUCAUGUUUGCUGCAAUUAAUUCUGAAUCUUGCAUUAAGCGCAGUGAUUCUAAAUUAAACUUUAACCCAAUACAAUUUUGCGAUCCUCUAGGAGAUAGAAAUAUACAUUGGCCUUUGGCCCCUUUAAAUAAAGAUAAAAACUCCAUUACUCUAGUAACAGCUAGAUUGGAUGCAUCUUCUUUGUUUGAUGGAAUAUCACCUGGAGCGGGUAAUAUAGUAACAGGAUUAGUUACUCUACUUGCCACUGCCUAUUAUUUAAAUACUCUGUUUAAAAAUGUUACGAUACCAAACGAAACUAACGUUGUUUUCUCUUUAUUAAAUGGUGAAGCUUUUGACUACAUAGGAUCUAGUAGAUUAGUUUAUGAUUUGAAAGAAGGCAAUUUCAAUGCAUUAGGUGGAGUAAACUUAAAGUUUGAUGACAUUAAAUGUGUUAUUGAAUUUGGUCAGUUGAAUAAAGGAAAAUUAUAUUUUCACUCUAAUAAUGUAAAGGGAAAUAAAAUGUUAAAUAAACUGCAGAAAGUGUUAAACGCAACUGUUUGGAAUAAUAGUGUCCCACCUACGUCAAUACAAAGUUUCUUAAAUGAAAAUCCAGAUUUAACGGCUGUUGUUAUAAGUAAUCACGGCGAUCAAUUUGAAAAUAGAUAUUACAAUGGUAUAUUAGAUGAUGCAGAAAGCCUUCAUUUUAACAGGAACGAUUCAAAUGAUCUUGCAACUUCUUUAGCAAAUAUAGCAAUUCAAGUUGCUAAUGUUCUUUAUGAAAACGUAACUGGUAAACAGCCUCCAUCCAUAGAUGAAUCCAUUCAAGCUGAUGUUGAGGACCAUGUUUUCGAAAUGUUGAUUUGUUAUCUGGAAAGUGCUAAGUGCAAAUUGUUUCGUGCUGCUUCGUCACCAGGCACUAAAUUAACUAAUCAAGUUUUGCCACUGUAUGUUGGUGUAGACAGAGUACCUAAUACUGCCACAACAUUGACCGGCCUGCUUCUUGCUUUCUUAACCAGGAAGGAAGUGCCGUAUAUGAACGAAACCACGUGCUAUAAACACCAUCUUACUUGGAUCACUGGUCAAACCAAUAUCACUGGAUUGUGUAUUAAUUCCACUGUGAAUUAUAGCACAGCUAUGAGUCCAGCAUUUAUAAUCGAUGGGUAUGAUAUGAAGUCAGGAACCUAUUCCACAUGGACAGAAUCUGUAUGGCAAACGUUAAGCGUAAGAAUGUUCCUGAAGCCAUCAGCAGCUACAGAGCGGUUUAGUAUGAUUCUAGGUAGCUUAGUAGCUGGUAUCGCAUUUGUUCUUGUUUGGUUCAUUAAUUCCAGAGCCGAGAUAUUGUUUAAUUCAAGAAGAGGAACAAACUGCUAGGGACACGCUGCGGACCACAUAUCAAUGACCAGGUUGGAUCAUCAAAAAGAUAAAGAUAUCCCAAUAACUAACCUUUGAAUGUAUGUGUGGUACGCCCUCGGACAAUUUUUAUACUUAAAUACUGAAGCAUAUAUUCUGAUACCACCAUCGUUUUAUUCCAGUGUUAUCGCGAAGUUAUAAUGACUAAUUUAAUUAAAUUUUUGCACCUACUAUUAGUAUGUCGAGAACAUGUUGCGUGUUCGCUUAAAAUCUUUACGUUCCUUUUUCUGACUCUAUUAUAUAUAUAUUCGAGUAUAUACAUUUUUAUAAAUGUUGGAUACUCGUAUUUGAUAAUAAAAUGUGGAAUUUCUUUUUAAUUCCAUAGAAAGCAGAGUUGUGCAUAUACCGCAAUAAUAAGCAGGGUAUGUUAACAGUAAAACUAUUUGUUGCAUCUUUGAUUGUUGUUAGAAUCAUUUUGUAUGUAAUGAUAAAUAUACGUAUUUUACUUCUAUGCGUAAAAAAAAUUGCAACGUUCACAGAGCAAACAAUCGACGAAGCACCAUGAACGACUAUUUAUAAUUUCAUGUCACUCAUUUUUUCAUAAACAUUAGUUAUUGUACAUGUCAUGCAAUGUAUUUGAUUUGUAUUUAAGUUCAUUAUUGACUGUUCCCGAUGUAUCAAUUGAAAUCUAAUAGCUAAUAAGUUUAGUAAUCAG